AGGAUAGCAAUGGAGCCUCUAUUUAAACCCCCUCAUUCCCUCCUGAGUCCUGACCACCUCAAAAAGCUUCAUACUCUAUAUCCCCCACUCAUCUAUCUUCCUUCCAAACACGUACAUACACUGUUCUCUCAUAACAAGAGAUACAUACAAAGUUACAAAAGCAAAGAUGAGGCUUGAGAUAAAAGGUCUCACCUUCAUGCUUCUCCUUGUCUUGCUCGUUCUGUGCUCCGGUGUCAGUUUAUCUGACGCAAGAAGUGGCAAGCAUUGGAGGCAAAACAGAGCACCCUCCACCUCUCUGCUGCGAAGAAAAGGGAAAGGAAAGACCAGCAAUUCCCACAAGCAAUAUGGCAAAGGGAAUCAGAACCCAUACCAGCCAAGCCCCGGCACAAUCCCGAAGGUGCCCGUCAACCCGAGCGAAAGCCCUGUCCAGGGAAAAGGAAAUCAGGGUCCAACAAUACCAACACCAAGCAGUGGAAGUGGCCAUAAAUUGCCAUCUCCGGCACCACCGCUGCCACCAUUGCUGCCGCCAACACAGCCACCAGCAGCCCCAUCACACAACACGGUCUUCAAUGUGGUUGAUUUUGGAGCCCGUGGAGAUGGAGUUACAGAUGAUACUCAGGCUUUUGAAGCAGCAUGGGCAGCAGCAUGCAAGGUGGAGGCAUCUACAGUUCUUGUACCAUCUGAACAUGAGUUUGUCGUUGGCCCAAUCUCAUUUUCUGGGCCUUACUGCAAACCAAACAUUCUAUUCCAGCUAGAUGGAACUAUUUUAGCUCAAACCAGUACAAGAGCAUGGGGUUCUGGUUUGCUUCAAUGGCUUGAGUUCACAAAACUUAGUGGAAUAUCAAUCCAAGGAAGUGGUAUCAUCAACGGUCGGGGACAAGAAUGGUGGACCUAUUCAGAUUCAAAUGAUGACAAUGAUGUUGAUGCUUACAAUGUGGAGCUGGAGAAUAUGCCACAGAUUAAACCUACAGCAUUGAGGUUUUAUGGUAGUUCCAAUGUCACAGUAACUGGUAUCACCAUUGUAAACAGCUCACAGUGCCAUCUCAAGUUCGAUAGUUGUCAAGGAGUAAUGGUUCAUGACCUGACGAUUUCAUCACCUGAGAAUAGUCCCAACACUGAUGGAAUACACCUGCAAAACUCCAAAGAAGUCAGCAUUCACCACACUAACCUGGCUUGUGGUGAUGAUUGUGUUUCCAUCCAGGCGGGCUGCAGUGACAUAAAUAUACAUAACAUUAACUGUGGACCAGGUCAUGGGAUCAGCAUUGGUGGUCUAGGGAGGUACAACACAAAAGCAUGUGUAUCCAAUGUCACUGUAAGAGAUGUCAACAUGUUCAAAACAAUGACUGGUGUCAGAAUCAAGACUUGGCAGGGUGGUUCUGGGUUGGUUCAAGGCAUAAGGUUCUCAAAUAUACAAGUGUCAGAAGUCCAAACACCUAUCAUAAUAGACCAGUUUUACUGUGACAGAACAACCUGCAGAAACCAAACAUCAGCGGUGGCAGUUUCAGGUGUCCAGUAUGAGAAUAUCAGGGGGACCUUCACAAUCAAACCUGCCCAUUUUGCAUGCAGUGACAGCUCACCUUGUUCAGAGAUCACUCUUACUGGAAUACAGCUCAAACCCCUAAUAGUGCCACAAUAUCACUUGUACAACCCGUUCUGCUGGCAAGCGUUUGGAGAGUUGUUCACCCCCACCAUCCCUCCCAUAUCCUGCUUGCAGAUCGGCAAACCAUCUGGGAACAAUGUGAUGUCAGAUCAUGAUCUAUGUUGAAACUCUCUGAACGAGUGGACGUGCCAUGAUCCAGAAAACACUGUACUCCUGGUGCUCAUCGGUUAGGGUGAUCGUCGUGAUUCUUCCGACCCCCUUUCCCGCACAAUCAUCGUGUGAUGUGGAAAUAUAUACAGUGUAUGCAAAGAUGUAUGAUUAUUAUGGCAUUUGCCAGCUUCCCUAUGAAAGUGAAACAUAGAAACUU